GUGACGUCAUAGCCCUCAUCAACAGUAGUGCAACAAGGACAAAAGACGCAAACGAUAUGCAAUGGCCAUGUCAUGCACUGGUGCGUACUACGCACCCAGCUACUUUACCUGUCAAAACACAGACGUUUUAUUGUUAGGCCCAGAAACGGAACUGAACGGAGCGAGCGGACAGAGCGAAGGAAGGAAAAAAAUAGAUUGUUGUCCCAAGUCCUACCGAUCCGUGCGUGUCUGUGUGUGGGGCGAGUGUCGUGCCUAUUGUUUCCUCGGCCUGUGCCCGACACGGUCAGCCUAGCUCGCUCAUCCGUGUGCACGCCCCAGACGCAUCCGGACCCCCAGCAGUGCCAGCCACAAGCUAGUUGGGGUGGGCCAGAUAAGGAAUCGCACGCACACAGAAACGAAAAGAAAGGGGAAAAGAAAACAUCGCAAAUUUUGGAAAAAACAGGAACAUCCCGUUCGCAUUGUUUCGUUGCUUUCGCACAGCUGCUGUACGGCAUUGUUGCUCAUUGUUACAGGUCGGGCAGUGCGUGUGUGUGUGUGAGUGAUUGCCAUCAGUGUCCACAAAACCAGCUGGACCAGUGGAGUGACCGAGUACAUCCUUUCGCGAGUCGUCGUACUGCGUUGUUUGUGGUUCCGUCUGUGCGUUGGUGUUCAUGUGUGUAUGUGUGUGUGUGUGUGUGCUUCCGUAGUGUGAAUUGUCUUCAAUCUCACAUCCUCCAUCUCGUCCCGCGAGCGGUGGUGCCAAAAGGGAAUCAAGUGGGCAUCAGCAGGGAAGGAAGUGUUACCGUGUCGUCUGGUUGUGUGUGUGCUUGAGUGUGCGUUUGUGUGGUUGUGGAGAAGAAAGCGCAAAAGUGUUCGGUUACGCGUACGCAUCCGGUAUCCGCUACGGAGCAGGCCAGGUGGAAAAUGCUGGCAGAAUGUCGCACCAAACCCCCAUGCUGAGUUCGGCCAUCUCCCGCCGCAAUCCGGAGGACGAGUACGAGCUGAUCCACAAGAUCGGCUCCGGGACGUACGGCGAUGUGUACAAGGCCAAGAAGCUGCAGUCGAAUGAGCUCGCCGCAAUCAAAGUCAUCAAGCUCGAGCCGGGCGAUGACAUCCAGAUCAUCCAGCAGGAGAUACUGAUGAUGCGCGACUGCCGCCACUCGAACAUCAUCUCCUACUAUGGCUCGUACAUGCGCCACGACAAGCUCUGGAUCUGCAUGGAGUACUGUGGCGGGGGCAGCCUGCAGGACAUCUACCAGGUGACGGGGCCGCUGACGGAGCUGCAGAUCGCGUACAUGUGCCGGGAGACGCUGCGCGGCCUCUCCUACCUGCACUCGAUGGGCAAGAUCCACCGGGACAUCAAGGGCGCCAACAUACUGCUGACCGAGCGGGGCGACGUGAAGCUGGCCGACUUUGGCGUGAGCGCCCAGAUCACGGCCACCAUCAACAAGCGGCGAAGCUUCAUCGGUACACCCUAUUGGAUGGCUCCGGAAGUGGCGGCGGUCGAACGGAAAGGUGGUUACAAUCAUCUGUGCGAUAUCUGGGCAUGCGGUAUCACUGCAAUCGAACUGGCCGAACUGCAGCCCCCGAUGUUCGAUCUGCACCCGAUGCGGGCACUCUUCCUGAUGUCGAAGAGCGGCUUCAAGCCACCGACGCUGAAGGAAAAGGACCGUUGGAGCACCAACUUUCACUCCUUUCUCAAGGUGGCCCUCACGAAGAACCCGAAAAAGCGACCGACGGCGGAGCGGUUGCUGCAGCACGCCUUCUUCCAGUCGGACAUGUCGAUCCGGUUGCCGCAGGAGCUGCUGCAGAAGUAUCACAGCCCGCACGCGAGCUACUACUACCAGGAGUCGGAGGAGGAAGGAGCCAUCGCAAAUGGACCACAGAGAAUUACGAGUCGAAUGCAUUCCUCCAAUUCUGUUUAUCAUUGUAAACCAUUGGAAAACGAGCGUUCAUCUAGUCCAGAAACACUACCGAGUGAUAUGAGUCUAUUGCAUUAUAUAGACGAGGAGUUGAAGAUAAGGCGUACACUACCCCUGCACGAUAACUCACUGCUGGCGUGUGCGAACGAUGAUCUAAGCUCCGGCAGCAACGGGCAACAGCAGCAGCAGCAUCGUACCGGCAAUGGAUCCGGUGGUGGUGGGGCUGGGUCCACCAAUCAUCAUCACCACCACCACCACCAUAAUUUGCUGGACGACGAGGACAGUCUGAUUGCGUCGAACAGCAGCUACAUUACGGCCAGUUUGGCGACAGCGUCUGAGUAUGACAAUAAUGGGCGAGACGAUUCGACGCUCAGCUACGAUGCGAUGGAUCAGCUGACCGCGAAACUGGAGCAGCUGAAUGCGCAAAAUGGAGCAACGACGAUGGGUGAUUCGCAAGAGCAUGAGGGCGGUAGCAAGCGACACUCGAUGGAUCAGCUGAACGAGCUGUUCAAGGGAAUCGACAAGUCUUCCAGGCAGCGUAGUUUAAGCGAUGGAGAUGGUAACAGUGAAGGAGCAUCCGAAUCGCAACCGGACCUGCUCAACAAUACACCGCCCAUUCCGCCGAAGCGCAGCCAUCGCAGCCGGCGCCACACGCCACCCCGCCCCGUAUCGAACGGACUGCCACCAACGCCGAAGGUGCACAUGGGUGCCUGCUUCUCGAAGGUGUUUAACGACUGUCCGCUGCACAUCAACUGUACCGCGUCCUGGAUCCAUCCGGAGACGCGUGACCAGCAUCUGCUGAUCGGUGCGGAGGAGGGCAUCUUCAACCUCAACCUGAACGAGCUGCACGAUGCCGCGAUCGAGCAGCUGUACCCGCGCCGCACCGUCUGGCUGUACGUAAUUAAGGACAUCCUGAUGUCGCUGUCCGGCAAGACGGCGCAGCUGUACCGGCACGACCUGCUGGCGCUACAUUCCAAGCAGACGCACCGCUUCUCGAUGCACAUGAAGAAGAUACCGGAAAAGCUGGUGCCGCGCAAGUUCGCCCUCACGACGAAGGUCCCCGACACGAAGGGCUGCAUGCAGUGCUGCGUGACGCGCAAUCCGUACAACGGAUACAAGUACCUGUGCGGUUCGAUGGCGACCGGGAUCUUCCUGAUGCAAUGGUACGAUCCGUUGAACAAGUUCAUGCUGCUGAAGCAGUGCGAGUGGCCAUCCGGCAACAUCCAGUAUUACGGGGCAAACUCGAACGUGUUCGAAAUGAUCAUCACACCCGAGCUCGAGUACCCGAUCGUGUGUGUGAACGUGCGGAAAGGGCCGAACGAUACGCUCAAGCUGGAUUUGAUCAAUACCAAUAGCACUCCCACCUGGUUCAAUACGACGGUGGAGGAAAUGGACGGUAUGGCAACGGUCAUCAAUCGGCGCGAUACACUACGACCAAUAAAAGUGCAUCAGAUUGAAAAGGAUGCGAUACUGGUGUGUUACGAUCGGUUCGUACAAAUCGUCGACAUUCAGGGUUUCCCAAAGCAGAGCCGCAAGCUCAUAUCGCGCGUGGAAUUUAGUUUUGUAAUCGAAAGUAUAGUCUGUUUAACUGAUAGUGUAUUAGCGUUUCACAAGUACGGUAUGCAGGGUCGCUCGCUAAGGAAUGGUGAGAUUACGCAGGAAAUUACCGACACGAGCCGCAUCUACGAGCUUAUCGGCAGUGACAACAAAGUGGUAAUGCUGCAAAGCCGCACCAUCCGUGCGGACAGCGGCGGCGAAGGGACGAGCGAUGUCGGCCACGAUCUGUACAUAUUGGCUGGCCACGAAGCAAGCUACUAGAUAAUGGGCUCCCGGUGGUGGCGAUAUUAACGUUGUUUUGCGUGUGUUUGCGUUGCGUUGCAAAUUCGCGUCACUGUGCAGUGGUUAGUUUGUUUUCUUUUUAGAAAAGAAGCGUUGGAGGUAAGGCCAUUGUUUUAGGGAGGAAAAAAUGGUUACGCUCCACGCUCCACUUUGGUUUCCGCGCAGAACAGCAAACCCCACGAGUGGUUUGUCGCUGACGUUCAAGGUUCAAGGCGCAAAAUUUGGAGGUGAAAAUGUACGACAAAUGACGGCAGACGAACACACAGUCACAUGACGGAACAGUUUGGGGAAAAGGGACAUGCAGAGAGUAGCCCAAAAAAAGUAUUAAUUUUAUUUAGUAGUACGCGUCUGAGUUCCCUUACAUUUGACAUUAAACGAAUGCAUAAUGCAGACGUUAGUUGAGAAAGGAGGGUCACGAUUAUGCUUGUACAGUGAUAUGCGGAUAAGUGCAGGUCUGCCACCCUGUCGAUCAGUGGUUUCAAGCGCAGCCAAAAUAUGGUAUCGUUUCUUCCCUCUUUUAUUAACACGUACUACUAGUUCUGCUACUACUACACCUACCACUACUAUCCAAUUGACAUUGCCUUAGGCAGGCAAGGCAGCCGACAGCGGUUGAAUAUAAUUCACACUGAUAAUAUAUGCAUAUAUUGCGUUAUUUGUAACGAGCUACUCAUACUACUUGCUCACACGCAGCAAAAUACACAGGCGACAUUCGAAUGGAACGGAAGGAAAGCAAUAGCCAAAAGCAGUUGCUUAGGUUUGUUUAGAAAAAAAGGUCGCACUUACACUUACCUCUACACUCAGCCACAACACUACAAAUGCAUUCUACACAAGAAGCCGUAAACCACACACACACAGAGUACAGUGUACAGCAAAGAGAGAAAGAGAGUAUAUUUUUAUAUAUCAAAUGAUCCGUUUAAUCUCUUUUCACAAUUUCGGUUGCUGCAAGAACGUUUGGAGAAUCAAGUUCCGAGACUAGAGAGCAGAUUCAAUGGAAGGUGAAUGGAAAUGUACUGAAAUGAUUAACUAACCAAAAGGAAACACAAAAACCAACUGCUACAACGCGGGGAAACUAUUUACACAGAUCCCUCUAUAAAACUAGCAUUUUGUUGUGGUUUCGUCGGAAUUGCUAAACUCCUGUAGAGCCCCCACAACACGAACAAGCUUCUCACAAGCAUCAGAUUGUACAUUUGAUAAAACAAAACACACACACACUCACACAAUACUGCUGUUAAAGUUGCCCCCCGCGUAAGCUGUGCACGUACAUGAAAGUGUGUAUGUGUGCGUUAUUACUAUUAGACUCAAACUCAAACAUGAUAAAAUAGAAGACAGUUACAUGCAUUUGCAAAUACAUAAAAAGAAACACUCCAUAAACAAUUAAAACAUCUUUGCGCGUGUCUCGUAUUGCUUUGUUCUACAACAGAAGGAAAAUAAAAACAGCAAACGAGCACCGAAAAAAAAGAGAACAGAACAAAACAAGUGAUAACGGUACAACACAAUACAAAUAGCAAUAAAACAACAAACAAAACCGUUCGGAACGCGUCAUUGAGAGGUCGACAAAACGACAAAACGAACCUAAUUAGAACACUGUAAGGCGGGUGCGGGGCUAAGGAAUGAACAAGAGAAAAGGAAACAAAGAAAAUUAUGCUAGUAUUAUGUCUGCAAAACAAAACAAAAACAAACAACGCUAGACUGACGAUACUAUAAAAGUAACAAACACACAAACACACUAAAGCCAGUGAGAACAAAACAUACAAACAAUUAAACAAACAAACAAACAGUCAUAUUAAAAUUACUUUAACGGAUAGGGCGAAAAUUGCAUUAUUAUAUCCGCUGCAAGAUAUUCCAUUGUUUGUUUUUAUUUUAAUUAAUCAAUUAAAAGUUGUUUAAAUUAGUUUAGUUUAAAAAAACCUCCGCCACCUCGGCGGAUGAGACGAACAUUUCCACCAAACGACAAUGGACCAUUUGACUAUUUUUACCCCCUAUAGACACUGUGAGUAGAGCUUUCCUCUGCACAAUUCCACCUAUUAAAAGCAUUCAAACUGUACGACCAACAUUUUAAGGUCGCGUUUUUAGACCUUGCGUGAAAGUGAAAUUUUGGGUUUUUUGUGUACUAUAUUUCAUUAAAUAUUUACCAAAAUAUGGCUUAUCGUACACCAAAGGAAAGGACAUUCAAUUGGCAAACUAUUUAUACUACUAACUAACUACAUACAGGGUUUCCCACGAUUUAUUGGUCAGUUCCCACGAUUUGUUGAUCGUAUCCCAUAGAUUUUUGGUUCGUUCCCAUAAUUUAUUGUUAUUUUCCGAUUGGAUAUCAAUACAAUUUGACCAAAAAUUUCUGGGAAACGGCCAAAAAAUCGUGGGAACGCACCAAAAAAAUGUGGGAACCCACCAAAAAUUGAUGGGAACCAACCAAAAAAUCGUGGAAACCUUGUAAUAAACUAAUAAGUUAAAUGCAUUUCCUUGUGAUUCGGGUAAUGCACAAAGCAGGAAAAUCGCAAGUAAAUGCAUUUAAUUUAUUAAUUCGAUAUGUUUUAUGGUCCAUUUAGUUGGGGAAUUGAAUAUCGUUUCUGUUGGUGUACGAUAAGCCAUAUGCUGAUUAAUACGUAACGGAGUAUAGCAGAGGCGGUCCCGUGGUACAGUUGUCAACUCGAACGACCCAAUGACAUGCCCGUCUUGGGUCCAAGCCUAGAAGAGAUCGUCCUGCCGUAGCAAGGUUUUGACUUAUCCGGCUUCUUCAAAUUAAGUGUCGAAACUCUGUUUAAUAGACCCGGUAUGUCCACGUAGGACGUUACUCCCAAUAGAAGAAGAAGACGUGUAGCAGAAAACCCCAAAAUUUCACGUUCAAUUUCACUGGAACUGUAAUCCGGGUUUAACGACGAAAAAAAAAACGAACAAACCUUCCAAAAAACAAAAAAAAAAACAUGUGCAAUUAACUUCGCAUUCUUGUACUGCAUUUUUUCAAUUGCGAACGAAUGCGUUUGUGUUAUUUCCAACCAACUAUAUAUUUAAAUACCUUUUUGUCCUGUGUUUUUCAUUCUGUGUGUGUGUAAUACUGUUCGUGUUAUUAGUUAUUACUACUACUGCUAGGGUUACUAUUGCCGUAUUACCUUUCUUUCCUUAAGAGCGUUGUUUCGCUUGAGAUUGAUAUGUUGGACAACAUGUUUUCCGUAGUAGCAAAUAAAGCAGCGGGUAAAUUGUAUAAUACAUAGUUAGGCGCCCCCUGAGCAGCAGUCUUUCCCAUUUUCAAACUACCGCAACUACGCGCCCCCUUAAACACCCAUUAGCACACUCACACAAAUAGUCAGUUUAUUUUUUUUUUGGGUAAUAAGGAGUGAUAGAGAUUCAUUAGUGCGAAUGUGCAGAGUGUGAGAGGUUCUGGGUUCUGGGAAAGGAAAUUCGGAUUUAUACAUAUAAGACACAGGUGGUGACACAAAAUAGCGUGUAUAAAACUCCCCCCAAACAAGAAGUUAAAUUGGGAAGUAUGUAAAAAGUGCUAAGGUUUGUAAAAGUUGUAACCAAAACAAAAGCGGGGAAAGAUGGAUGAAAGAGAUGAGCAAAACGCCACGAUAUUAAGGGUCGGAAUCACGGUACGAGAUAGGUGGCCAUAAUAUAUAGAUCUGCUGGCUAGAGAGAAAGAGAGAAGUAGUACUAUCUAGGGACAGCAAAUGGGCAGCAGCAUGGUGUCACCCGCCAAGUUCCAAUAUAAAGCCUUUGUUUUUUUGUUGCCAAAUCUGGACAGUAUUUACUUGACCGCUCCCGCAAUAUAUCCGUUAAAACGCGUUAAAUAUGAAGCGUUAUUGCAGAUUGUUUUUUUGCAUGUGUGCAACAGUUAACUUCAUUUAACACACACACACACAUCCCUCUUAGUAGAAUGAAUUUAGAAGAAUUUGUUCAUGUUUUAAUUACACGUUGGACACUAUCGAUCACACGUGCGCAACGCCGUUCAAUAUGCUGCACGGCGACAUCCCCAAAGGGCGCAUAAAUUGUACGCAAGAUUUAUCUAUUGUUUCGCUAGGGCCCACAAACACAAACACACUACUCUCACCUAAAAGUGAAACAGUUCUCCCCCACACGCGUUAAGGCAUUGAUGAAAAUAAAGAGAGUUUAAAGUAAUGUGAUUCAACGGUUCAUAUUCAAAACCAUAAA